ACGCUGAAGUUCCUAGCUGUCACCAGCGUUCUAAUCUCGUACUGAAAUCCAUGAAGGUGAAUGGGGUGUCGCGCAGUUCUCUGUUUACCUAAAACACCUGGGCCACCUGUGUUGUAAGCACACACAUUCACCCCCCCCCUCCUUCUCAGUCCGAGAGAGGACGAAAAUCCGACUGCUACAAGGAUGAAGGGGCUCCCGGUGCUGUCCCUGCUCCUUUGGAUGUGUGCGGUGUACUUUGUGGGCAUCUACCUGUUUGUGGGUGGAUUCUUGCUGGUGAGGCUGGAGGUGAACAGGACCAGCACCUGCGGAGACGUCCUGCAGCCCGGAGAGGAGCCAGUGGACUUCUGCCGCGUCCAGCCGCGUUUCCGCAGAGCUGUCCUCCUCAUCAUCGACGCCCUUAAGAUCGACUUCGCUUGGUUUGACCCCAACAACACGGCGCCGAGACCGUAUGAGAACAAGCUGCCUGUGUUGGAGGAGACGGUCUCAUCCAGGCCUUCCCACAGCCGCCUGUACCCUUUCCGCGCUGACCCGCCUACGACCACCAUGCAGAGGAUCAAGGGCUUCACCACGGGCUCCUUGCCUACCUUUGUGGAUGUAGGUAAUAACUUUGCAUCCAGUGCCAUCUUGGAGGACAACCUCAUCCAUCAGUUUGGGCAAGUGGGCAAACGAGUAGUGUUCAUGGGUGAUGACACGUGGGAGAAUCUUUUUCCGAAGAAGUUCCACCGUUCUCUGCCCUUCCCCUCUUUCAAUGUGAAGGAUCUGCACACCGUGGACAAUGGGAUCCUCCAGCACCUCUACACAACUAUGGUGGGGGACGAUUGGGACGUCCUGGUUGCUCAUUUCCUCGGAGUGGAUCACUGCGGCCACAGGUUUGGUCCCGACCAUCCGGCCAUGGCCGACAAGCUCACCCAGAUGGAUGGAGUCAUCAGGUCUGUGAUUGACCGUCUGCAGAAUGACACCCUCCUGGUGGUGAUGGGAGAUCACGGGAUGACGGACACUGGAGAUCACGGCGGAGAAAGUCAGAAGGAGACCGACGCUGCCAUCUUUCUCUACAGUCCAUCCCCUCUGUUUCCCGGACCACCGUCCCAGAGUGAACCGGACGUAGUGCCCCAGACGGACCUGGUGCCCACCCUUGCUCUGCUGCUCGGAGUUCCCAUCCCGUACAGCAGUGUGGGGCAGGUUCUCUUGCCUCUGUUCCCCCCCCAUGGGCAGACAGAAGGUGCAGUUGGGCGCCUCAGCCAGCUGGAGGCACUGUGGAUUAAUGCAAAACAGGUAAACCGUUUCCUAGAGACUUACUCCGGCAUGGCCAAAGACAUCCCGCCAGAGAGCCUCUCCCAGCUGAAGCACCAGUUCUCCCGCCUGUCCUCUGAGUACCUCAGCUCGGUUAGAGAGGGUCGGUCACCCUCCCCACAGCUGGCCGCCUCGCUGCAGGCCUACCUCACCUCAGUCAGGGACACCUGCCGAGCCACCUGGGCUCGAUUCAACCCACUUAAAAUGGCAGUCGGUUUGGCCAUCCUGGCAUUUGCCUGCUUGACGUGUUUCAUCCUGUCGGAGCUGUCUCUGGUGCUGAUCAGGGAGAACGGUCCCGGACUGAAGGCCCCGGUUGUUGCGGCACUGAUGGCGGGGGUCGGCGCGGCUGCUUGUCAGUUACUCACGCGGGGCUACGUCGAGGCGGCGUGGUGUCUUGCAGCCGCUGCACUCAGCUCUGAACUCCUCUUUCUCUGGAGAGCCCGUCGGUUCGGAACCGUUCCCGCGGAAAAAAACGGAUCCAAAGCUCCAAAGUUUACUGUCUGGCUGACCCCGUACCGCCUCCUCAUCCCGCCUCUCUUGGUGCCACUGCUCCGCUGUGCCUCCCUGCUCUCGGAUAGCUACGUGAUCGCCGAAGGCCGGGCGGUGACCUUUCUGGUGUUCUCGCUGGCGCUCUAUAUUCCCAUCCAUCUCAACUGGGAUGGCCUGCUCCUGCCCCCCAGCCAUGACCCUCUCAAGGCCGCAGGGUUCCUGCCGCCCCCACCCUUGUCCCCCUCGACCGUGAGGAAAGAAAGCGGCAUCCUCCUCGCCUGCUUGGGGGUUCUCGUCGGCAGCCUCUACCUCUCCCUCUCCUUCCACGCCUGUCGGGAGGAGCAGGGCUCCUGCCAGCCGUCUCCCUUCCUUUCUCCUCUUUCCCGGUUGCAGGACAGCCAGCUGAAGAACCUGCACUACGUCCUCUCUGUCUUCUCCCUGGGAUUAUGGACGUAUCUGCUGAGGCGCUGCCUCCGCCACUACGGCAACCUGAACUCCUCCGGCGGGACAGUGUUCACAGCCCACUGGAUCCUGCCGCUCAUGUCCGUGUGCCUGGCGCUCCACUGGGCCGUCAGCGCCACUCCAGACGACAGCUUCAGGAAUCUGGCCGAGCUGAUCAGCCUUGCCCAGCUGGCCCUCCCCAGGGCUGCCUUUUGUCUCCUGGGACUGGGGCUGUUCCUGAUCUGGCUAGAUCCUCUCACUGUUUUCAUUAAAGCCAGGGGUGCGGACUCAGCCAGAGCUUCGUCUAUGCCCCUGCCGAGCUACCGGGCGAGCACCGGCAUCAGCCCCCAAGCCGAGCUGCACCACCUCAUCCCCCAGAUUUACCAGCGCAUGCGGCGCUCCAUGGAGGACAGCGAGCUGAGCGGUGGCGGCGAGGUGGACAGCAGUCCCGCUGUGAAGGCCUACGGACUGGGAACAGUCUACUCUGCCCCCUUGCUGCUGUUCUGUGGCCUGCUGGGACUGGGCCUGCUGCUGCUGCACCCAGAGGGCAUGGCGCUGUCUUUCCUCCUGCUGCUGCUUGAAAUGGGAGCGCUGUUGCACAUUCACGCUUCGUCCACUAACCUCAAUAGCCUGCAUGGAACAUAUUCUGGUGGCUUUAACGUGCCUUGGACUCCAGUGGUGCUGUGGUCCCUGGCUGCCACCCAGUUCUUCCACGCCACAGGUCACCUCCCCACCUUCCCGUCCAUCCAGUGGGGCGCUGCCUUCGUGGGAUUCCCUGACGGACACACAGGCACCCUACUCCCCGCCUCGUUGGUCACCCUCAACACUUUUGCCUCACACAUCUUGUUCGCAGUGGGUUGUCCGAUGCUGCUAUUCUGGCCCCUGGUGUGCGAGGUGCGUGGGACAAGGGGAGCAAGAGCUUGUGGGGAAGAGGGAGAGGACGCUGUGAUGGAGAUGAGACUGAGAGAAAACCCCCUGCAGUUCAGCUCGGCCCUUCUUCAACUCGCAACACGGUACCUCUUCAUUCUCGGAGCGCAGGUCUUUGCUUCGGUCUGUGCAGCCGCUAUCCUCAGGAGACACCUAAUGGUGUGGAAGGUUUUCGCACCCAAGUUACUGUUCGAGGCCUCAGGGUUCCUGGUGAGCAGCGUGUCUCUACUGAUCGGGGUCACACUAGUCCUGAGAGUAGACAUGGCCGUGGGCCGCUGGUUUAAGAGACUCGUCCCGGAUGCAUCUAGGUAGCGACGGCAGUGCCCAUCAGAGCUCACUGUGCAACAGAGAAAAAGGGACAUGGUGGUGUCACUGUAGACCUUUUUUUUUUUUAUACCAACCUCUCACAAGAAAAAGACACCACCAUCUGCGUCUCGCAUAAGGAUUACCACAAACUGUAACUCUCUUUGAGGGGCUAUGUCAUGCAUUACUGACACAGAGGCCCACCUUCUUUUUCAGCCAGAGAGACUUAAGGACAUCUUAGACUGACUGAACUCUUGAGCAUCUGGACUCCCAUAGAUGCCAAAAUACACUUGUAGACCACCUCACUUAGCUCAUGAGGCUGAAGGUCUUUGAGGUUCAGAGUUGUAUGUGAGCCACAGUAUCUGAAUGUCUCCUGAACUCCUCUGUUUUCCUACUAAUACAAUGGAUGAAACCUACCAAGCUUUCCAAGCCAAACAGUCUGGCAAAUGGCUCAUGGUGGAGCUCCCCGGAAUACAUACACUAAACAGUUUACACUACCAACAUGGCUGUCACAGUUGGCUACCUACAAUAUUGAAACCAAAUUGGCCUUUAAGGAAUUUUCCCACCCAACUUCGUAACUGAGGUUCACGUAUGUGCAAGUUCAAUGUUAUAGACUGGGAAAUAGAACUAAAGGAGCCGGUGAAUGUUUAGUCAGUUCAAUGUCUUAACUGCUGAAGCAGACUCCACGGAGACAGAAUGACCACUUUAAUCACCAAAGCCACCCAAUCUGCCACCCAACGUCUGGCGCUACUCCAUGAUCAAUUUGCAAGCCGAUCUACUUCAUUUGGUGAAAUCCAUCCAAGUACAUUACACCAUGUCUGUCAUUGCUGAAGGAAAUUUUCCAUAUAUAUUUUUUUUUAAUGUUUUCUAUUACCAAGAUGCUGAAAUAACCAGCAUGUCAUGUUACUGCCAAUUCAUAAUAUUACUGUGAACGAUGUCAUCUUUUGUUUGGGUUUUCAAUCUGUUCAGUGUACUGCGCUUUUAUUAUUGUAGGGUUCUGGUUCCUCACUUUAAUGCCUAUUUAUGAUUGAGAUUCUUUUAAUCACUAAUUUUGUUUUUUUUAUAUCAAAUAAUACUUUAGUCGUCAUUAGGACAAUUCUCCCCUGGUAUAGGUGCCUACCUUUGACCAAUGCCUUUUUUUGUGUAUGAUGUCAUUAUGUUGAAAGGGUCAUUAAAUCAUGGUCAUUUAUUUCUGCGGGACGUCUGAGUCAGUGUUGGAUGUAAGAUCUGUUACUCUUAUGCAGCUGUAGUCAGCAGCUGAAGCUCAUUAGCUAAUGCACGAAGGGACGUUGACUCAGGAUGAAUUAGCUACAAUGCAAUAGUGCAUUUCUCAGGCUGUUGAAUGGGAGUGAUUGGUCAUUUCUAGCGGCUGCUGUAGUGAUUAGCCCAAGUGAUGGUUUGGCCAGGCUGUGUGAUGACGGGGCUUUUUUUCAGUAAAAAAAAAAAAAAAAG